AUGUGUUUCUCUUCAUUAUCUAUCUAUCUAUCUAUCUAUCUAUCUAUCUAUCUAUUAUGGUCCGGUUCCUUGUACCACGGUCCCAUAACACUAUCUAUCUAUCUAUCUAUCUAUCUAUCUAUCUAUCUUAGACUCUCCAUUAUCUAUCUAUCUAUCUAUCUAUCUAUCUAUCUAUCUAUCUAUCUAGGCCUUGUGCCACAUCCGAUCCCCCGUGGGUGGAUUGAUAAAUACCAUCUAUCUAUCUAUCUAUCUAUCUAUCUAUCUAUCUAUCUAUCUAUCUUAGACUCUCCAUUAUCUAUCUAUCUAUCUAUCUAUCUAUCUAUCUAUCUAUCUAUCUAUCUUAGAUUCUCCAUUAUCUAUCUAUCUAUCUAUCUAUCUAUCUAUCUAUCUAUCUAUCUAUCUAUUGUGGCUAGAAUAGUGCUACAAAACACACAUUUGAAAAUAAAAUUCAAACUAUUCCCUGAAUCUCCUUUUAUUUUUAGCGCCAGCCUCCUUCUUUCUAUUGUGAUUCAUUUGUAUAAUAAAUCUUUUGAAAAGUAA